AUGGCCGACCCUCCCUCCAAGCACAUGACGGUACCUCUCUCAGGAUUCUCUAUUACCGAUCCGAAUACCCGAUGGGCCAAAGACUUGGCAGCAUGUGUUCAUUGCGUAGGCUGCCGACCGGAAGUCGAGACCAUGGUCUCUUCCACAGCCACUUGUGCCUCAUGCGGCAAGCAAGGGCGGCUUCUCGACUGCGCCGCCUGCCUUGAUGCCCAGUACUGCUCAACCGAUUGUCAGCGCAGCGAUUGGAAGUUCCACAAGUUGAUGUGCACGAAACUUGCAAGCUAUUCAGCAGACCUGAGACCGAGCACCCGUCACUUUCGUGUCAUCGUCUUUCCUCAUGAAGCAGCACAGCCCGAGUUCGCUUGGGCUUUUGUCAACGACAAGACUGAGCUUGUGAUCAAGCAUCCGUCCAUCGAAGGUUGGAAGAAGAAAAUGAAAGAUCGCUACGCUACAUCAGUCAAGGAUCCUCUGAUUGUUCAUGCACUCAGUCGGGAUCGCGCUAUGGUGGGUAAGAUGCUUGGGCACGCGGUUCGCGUCGCUUCUUGGCAGCCGCCAAACGGACUCGCCGGUCACCUUGAGGGGUUCAACGAGACAAUUCUAUCUCUCACAGGACGUAUAAUUCGACGGUCUUACGGCCCUGCGGUCGCAUUCGCGUACCAAUUGGACGCUGAGUUCAAUUACAAGAACAUGGAGGACAUGUCGACAAAGGACUUCCGACAUCUUGUUGACUUCUUCAACAACUCUGAUUGGAACCCUGCUAUCGGAGACGCCGAGAGAUAUCCUGGCAAGACAAUUGCAGCACUUUUCAUUCCUGAUCCUUUUGUCCCUGAUACCGAUAAGAGACCGGGCCUCUCGAUCUGUCAUGUACUUGGCACUUACAACCCCGUUUUGGAGGUCACAAUUGCCGCCGGGAUCGACUUCAAACAGGUAUGCCCGCACUACAUGUGCGAUGAAGGGGUUUGGCCCAUAAAGCUAUUCUGUCCCCGAGGUCUCAAGUGGAAUGCCUUUCUUCUGGGUCCGCUCCUUCUUGAGCUGCCAUGGAUCGCCAGAAAUGCUGUUCUAACAGACACUCACAACCAAGGCUCGCGAAGUUCUCUUCAUCCCGGUCGCAUUUCAGCGUCAUACGCUCGCUUCCUGAAUCGUGGUGUCACGCUUGGAUACAGAAGCAUAACCAUUGCUCAAUACCUCAUUAGCGAUGGAAUGCUUGUCUACGAUGCCUUUUGCAACAAGAUACACCGAUUAUACUUGCUUGCGUACGAUGAAUUCAUGCUCCGCCAGUCUAAGGCCAAAUUCGAUGAUCGAGACAUUUCAAAGAAGAACUUCGUCAAGUUCUGGAACGACCUCAAAACGGGAAAGGAAAAGAUUGAGAAUCAGCACAAGGACAACCAACACCUCGACUUCUCCGAUGCGCCAUCUCCCUACAACGACAUCGACAAUGCCAAACUCAUGCUUUUUGGAUCUGCAAGCAGGCACUUUUUGAACCUGAUGAAACUAUUGCAGAAUGAGGUUUUCCGCACAGUUUAUAAGAAAUACUUGAACAGCGACUUGUUUAUGGAUGGUGCAUAUGAAACUCAUUGGGACCUUCUUCCGAACUUCUGGCCGGCGGUUAAAAACGAUAAAUCGGAAGAUGAUAGUUCUAUGAAAUAUCCUAUCACGGAAAAUGAUCAGGAGAAGGAAAGCGAGGUGGCGACAGAUGCCCGGGCAUCUGACAGUGGAAAUCUUGAUUUGGCGGAGCUGGCUGCAGCGUCCCUCAACGUCAUUCAACAGUAG